UCAAAACUGACACAUGCCACAACAAGCUCUUGAGAAUACUUCAGAUUCUAGAGGGUAAAAACUUUCCAAAAUUCCGAAUUAGUAGCACUUCGGCUCUCUGCAACUCGCCUGUGUUGAGUUUCGUGAGCCAAAAGUCCACCGAAUCCUGCUUAGAACUUUAGCGGCACUUUAGUUUUUCCGUAUCAAGUUUCCAAAGGAAAAUGCAAAAUGGACAGUGAGGCUAGAACAGCUUCUAAUAUACAGUACUCAGAUGAUAGUAAUGUAUACAAAUGGGUGCCCCUUUCGCUGACGUUGGUGGAGUAUCCGGAAGGUGACAUCAUUGGGAAAUUGUUUGCGCUGAUCAGCUUAGCUCCGUUUGGUAUAGCUGCAGGUUUUGUGGCAUUGAUACUAUUUAGGAGAGAUCUGCACACCGUAACAUUUUUCCUGGGAACUAUUUGUUCCGAAGCGUUAAAUUAUAUACUGAAGCAUUUGAUAUGUGAAAAACGGCCAUUGCAUAGGGAGGAUGUUCAUGUGGAAUACGGAAUGCCCUCAUCACACGCUCAAUUCGUAUCAUUUUUCGCUAGCUACAUAAUGUACUUCGUUUUUAUACGGUUGCACCAUAUGAACAACAACACAAUCAUAGAAAACAUCUCAAAAAUUCUGAUCAUUGUUUCGUCGAUGACUGUAGCGGUGUUGGUGUGUAUCAGCCGAAUUUAUCUACACUACCAUACAGUGUCGCAAGUGUUGUGGGGCGUCAUCGUAGGGUUUCUGUUUGCAACCGCUUGGUUUGCACUCACUUCGUUAGUUCUUACUCCACUGUUUCCACACAUUGUAACUUGGAGAGUUUCCGAGCUAUUAAUGAUCAGAGACACCACAUUGAUACCAAAUGUUUUAUGGUUCGAAUACACCAACACAAGGCAAGAGGCUCGCGCCAGGAGUCGGAAGCUGAUUAGCAUCAAGUCCCAAUGACAUUUGUUGGAUUCGAGUUUCAAUUUCACGCUGCCCCGAGGCGUAAUUAGAUGUUUACGGAUUUUACUUCCAUGGCGUCGAAAGCGGUGAAUCGACUGAGAAGUUGAAACUUUGCAUUUCAAUGAUUGGCGUUGGUUGGGUAUGGAUGUUAAUAGUUUAUAUGGGUAAAUUUAUAUAAUUCUUUUGUUAGCGUUUUUAUACGAUGUGAAAAUCCGGUCUUAAUGCUAUUUAAAAUGCGAUACGGCUCAUCAUCAAUUCAAAGAGAAGACUUGCGAAAAACCACCAGUUUCUGAGGAUUUCGUUUUAAAUAGCACUCUCCGCAUUAUUUAUAAGAAAUCCAUGAUUUCAGUGGAUGCGAUUGAGUAUCAGGAAAUAAACUUUUUUAUUGGGUGCCUGUCCUACACGAGCUUAUUACAGAUUUCAUACCUAAAUUACAGGCUUGCAACCACCAAAGUUCGGACAUAAAUACUUAUGAAAAUUGAACCUUUUGAUUUUGAUUCGUUUGCUAUAAUCGUUUUUUUGUAUGUUGCGGGUUGUAACCACCUGCACAUGAACUUGAACGAAGUUCCUAUUAGAUGGGAAUUUUCAGAACUGCAUUUUUGACGGGAUUCGCCACAAUUUUACUAACCACCUGGUCUUAACAUCAUUAUAAAUUUGUAUGUUGUGAUGCCUUUGAACAUUUGCUUGAAAAUUAUACUCCCCUUUAAAAUUAACGUGAUUCUCUACCAGCGAUAUUUUUGUAUUCCUAACAAUAAUUUAGAGAACACAUGUUUAUUGAUAACUAAUCCAGAGCUAUCAAGGAAGUUUCAUUCAAAAUUACUAGCAAAAGCAGCUGAAAGCGCACAAAUAAAUCGUUAUGUUCUUUCUGGUCGACAAGACGCAGCAGAUGUUUGACUGUUUAGCCAGUAUAAAUAUGUGUUCUCAUUAUAUACUUGAAAUGUCAGUCUGUUCUUUAUGUACUGCAAUUGACUGAUGACCAACAGACUGAUUCACCAUUAAAUAGAAACGCAUCCAUAGAAUGGGUAUUUUUAAGACAAGAAUAUCGAAAUAGUAUUCCAUAAAAUGGAACGAAUUCAUGUGCAUUUAUAAACGUUUCAAAUGCAUUUUGAUAUUCUUGUCGACCGAUUCAACUGUGGCAGCUGCAAUAAUGUUUAAAUCUAAGCUAAAUGUACGUUUUUUAAGUGUUAAUAAAGUAAAGUUUUUCGUA